UCAGUUUUGUUUCCCCUGCGGCCUCCACUCCUUCCGCAUUGGUGCCUGAUUGCACUGCUGUAGCUGAGCAGCACUCAAUGCACGGAGCCUGCUGACACCACUCGGCACACAGAACGCCCUCUCCGAGCGCUGCAGCUACUGUCCAGCCCGAGGCUGAGGAUGUCCGCCCCGCGGCCCUCCCAGUUACUGGAUGAGGAGCUCUACUCCAGGCAGCUGUGAGGCUCGAGCCGGGCGGGAGCGGGGCGGCCUUCUGAUCUCUCCUGCCUGCCUUCUUUACCUCCACAGGUACGUGCUCGGCCCACCUGCCAUGCAGAGGAUGCGGGAAGCCAAGGUGCUGCUGUCAGGCCUGCAGGGCCUUGGGGCUGAGGUGGCCAAGAACCUGGUCCUGAUGGGUGUGGGCAGCCUCACUCUGCAUGAUCCCUGUCCCACCUGCUGGUCUGACCUGGCCGCCCAGUUUUUGCUCUCAGAGCGGGACUUGGGAAGGAGCAGAGCUGAAGCCUCUCGGGAACUCUUGGCUCAACUCAAUGAAGCUGUCCAGGUGUCUGUCCAUCUGGGUGACAUCACCGAGGCCUUCCUGCUGGACUUCCAGGUGGUGGUGCUGACUGCCUCAAAGCUGGAAGAGCAGCUGAAGGUGGGCGCCUGGUGCCACAAGCACGGGGUCUGCUUCCUGGUGGCCGACAGCCGGGGCCUCGUGGGGCAGUUGUUCUGUGAUUUUGGUGAAAACUUCACCGUCCAGGACCCCACCGAGGCGGAACCACUGACAGCCACGAUUCAGCACAUCUCCCAGGGCUGCCCUGGCAUUGUCACUCUGCGAAGAGAGACUGUCACCCACUCCUUCCGUGAUGGGCACUUGGUGACUUUCUCAGGCAUUGAAGGCAUGGUUGAGCUCAAUGGCUGUGAUCCCCGGCCCAUCCGUGUGCAGGAGGACUGGUCCUUGGAGAUUGGGGACACAGCAGCCUUCUCCCGUUACUUGCGUGGUGGGACUGUGACAGAAGUCAAGAGAGCUAAGACCGUGAAUCACAAACCCCUGGAAACAGCCCUGCUGCAGCCCCAGGUCAUGGCCUCGAGUUCCCAGCACCGUGCCCACUGCCUGCAUCAGGCCUUCCGUGCGCUGCACAAAUUCCAGGACCUCCAUGGCCGGCCGCCGCAGCCCUGGGAUCCUGUUGAUGCAGAGGCUGUGGUGUGCCUGGCCCGGGCCCUGGGACCACUCAAGGGGACAGACGAAGAGCCGUUGGAAGAGCCACUGGAUGAGGCCCUAGUGCGGAUCACUGCUUUGAGCAGUGCUGGCAGCUUGAGCCCCAUGGCAGCCUUGCUGGGUGCAGUGGCUGCGCAGGAAGUGCUGAAGGCAAUCUCGGGGAAGUUCGUGCCCUUGGACCAGUGGCUGUACUUUGAUGCUCUCGACUGUCUUCCGGAAGAUGGGGACGUCCUUCCCAAACCUGAGGACUGCAUCCCGAGAGGCUGCCGCUAUGAUGGGCAAAUAGCCGUGUUUGGGGCUGGAUUUCAGGAGAAACUGAGCCGCCAGCACUACCUCCUGGUAGGUGCUGGCGCCAUUGGCUGUGAGCUGCUCAAAGGCUUUGCCCUAGUGGGCCUGGGAGCUGGGGGCGGCGGAAGUGUGACUGUUGCCGACAUGGACCACGUAGAACGCUCCAACCUCAGCCGUCAGUUCCUGUUCAGGCCCCAGGACAUUGGUAGACCCAAGGCAGAGGUGGCUGCCGUAGCUGCCCAGCGACUGAACCCAGACCUACAGGUGACUCCACUCACCCACCCGCUGGAUCCCACCACAGAGCAUGUCUAUGGGGACCACUUCUUCUCACGUGUGCAUGGCGUGGCUGCUGCCCUGGACAGUUUCCAGGCCCGGCACUAUGUGGCUACUCGCUGCACCCACUAUCUGAAACCACUGCUGGAGGCAGGCACAGAGGGCACCAAAGGCAGUGCUGCAGUGUUCGUGCCAUACGUGACCGAGGGCUACAAAGCCCCGGGCUCAGCUGAGGACACCUCUUACCCGGUCUGUACCGUGCGGCAUUUCCCGAGCACAGCUGAGCACACCCUGCAGUGGGCUCGGGAUGAGUUUGAGGGACUCUUCCGGCUGUCUGCAGAGACCAUCAACCGCGCCCGACAGGCGCCCCCUUCCCUGGCAGAUAUGGACGGGCCACAGACACUGGCCUUAUUGCGGCCAGUGCUAGGUGUCCUGAGGGCACGGCCACAGACCUGGGAAGACUGCGUGGUGUGGGCCCGUGGCCACUGGCAGCUGCGCUUCCACUAUGGCAUCAUCCAGCUGCUGAGUCACAUCCCCCCUGAUAGAGUGCUUGAAGAUGGAACUCUGUUCUGGUCGGGUCUCAAACAGUGUCCCCAGCCCCUGGAAUUUGCCAUGGACCAAGAAAACCACCUCCUCUUCGUGCUGGCAGCUGCCAACCUGUAUGCGCGAAUGCAUGGCCUAGCCGGCUCACCGGGCCUCACUGCACUCAAAGGGCUGCUGAAGUCGCUGCCACAGACUGACCCUCAGCUGCUGGCCCCCAUCCUCGCUAUGGCUCCAGAGCGGGCUCAGGCUUCUGCUGAGUUUGGCCCUGAGCUGUUGAAGGAGUUGCAGGAGGUCCUGGAAGUAUGGAGCGAGCACCCUGCUCUGAACCCUCUGAUGUUUGAGAAGGAUGACGACAGCAACUUCCACAUGGAUUUUGUGACAGCAGCAGCUAACCUGCGCUCUCAGAACUACGGGAUCCCACCUGUCACUCGGGCCCAGGGCAAGCAAAUUGUGGGCCGGAUUAUCCCAGCUAUCGCCACCACUACAGCAGCAGUGGCAGGCCUGGUGGGCCUGGAGCUAUAUAAGGUAGUGGAUGGGCCACGGACCCUCGGUGCCUAUCGUCACAGCUAUCUGCACCUGGCCGAAAACCGCCUCCUUCGCUGGGUACCUUCCGCACCAGCCAUCCAGAUGUUCCAGAGCCUGGAGUGGACCUGUUGGCGCCGCCUGAAGGUGUCUGCUGGGCAGCCCGAGAGGAGCCUGCAGUGGCUGUUGGCCCAUAUCCAGGAGCAGCAUGGGCUGAGGGUGAGGAUGCUGCUGCAUGGCACAGCCCUGCUGUAUUCAGCCGGCUGGUCACCUGCAAAGCAGGCCCAGUUCCUGCCCCUCAGGGUGACAGAACUGGUUCAGCAGGUGACAGGCCGUGCACUUGAGCCUGGCCUUCGGGUGCUGGUUCUGGAGCUGAGCUGUGAGGGUGAGGAGGAGGACACUGCCUUCCCACCUCUGCACUAUGAGCUGUGACGAGGCAGCUGCUGCCGCACCGUCCAGCUCGACCAAGCCCUGCUUCACCAGCCUUGCUUCUUGAGCCUAUAGUAGGCACUCAAUAAAUGCUCACCGAAGAAACGUGUGCUGCCUGACACCUCGGAGAAGCCAGAGUCCCAGUCCAGAGCGUGCUCCCUGGGGCCCCCUGAGGCUGCACCCUGGUCUUCGGUCACCACCGCUUCCUCCUCCUCCUCCUCCUCCUCCACACAGCAGCUAGAGUCCUCUUCCAAGGCAUCUGACCCCCUGAGGGGGUGGGUGGUGGUCUGCACACCUGGGCCACUUUUGGGAGGUAGAUGCAGGGGGCCAGGCAUCGGUGGUGAGCCUGUGUCCCGGCCACACAACUGAAGUGAAAGAGAGGGCAGAAGUCGGGGGAGUGUUGCUUGUCACCCUGGCUGCCCGGCCAAGCCAGCUCUAAGAGCAGAGGGUCCGGGAGAGCUUGCUAGGCCUUCUGGCGUGGGCAGCAAGACCGCCUGCGAGCACAGGGCCAGCAUGGGGGCGCUGGCAUGAGAAGCUCAUGUGGCUCCCAUUUGCCGACCUGGUGGCAGUCCGGCAUGCUGCGGCACGCUGGGCCGGGCAAGUCGGCACCCGCCACCAGGCCGGCGGGCAGGGUUACGGGCCUGCAUCGGGAAGUAGGUCCUGCCAGGGCCCGGGUGGGGGAUGCGUACCGUGCCUCUUAGGGGGAUUCAGCUCCCCAAAGCCCAUAGCGGCUUUUAGAGGAAGACAGCGCUUUGAUGGUGAGGAGUAUGGUACGAGGUGCAGGACGGCCUGGCAUGAGAAAUGUCCACAGCAGCGCUGGCACCUCCUUAGUCCCUUGCCUCCCGUGCCCCGCCCCAAAGGAAGUCCCCCCCUUCCCUCCUCCCCAGCAGCGUGGCCAGCUGGGCGGCUGUUACCUGAUGCCCAGCGCAGCUCCCGGCCCUCCGACAUCCGACAUCCGACGCGGGCCAUCUGGGCCAUCUGCCCCGCACCUCCCCGCCCCCAUCCCGCCUGGGAGGGGCGCUCGGGACGAUCCCCUAUCCUUUCAUUGUUCCGGCCGGACGGCAGCCGGGCACCCCACGCAAGUCCUCAGGAGCCACACCCGCCCGCUCCCCAGCCUCACCAAUUCCCAGCGCAACUGGUUCAGGAAGCUGUCAAGCCGAGCGCUGUGCAUGUCCACGCCGGAGCCCCCGCCGGGCCUGCCAGCUCCUAUUCGAGUCCCGGCGGGAGCGGCGCAGAGAGGGCCGGGCCGGCCGGCCAGCGGCG